AGCAUUCUUUCACGUGCGCGCCACCCCGCUGCUACUUGUUCUAUGGCCCCUGGCACACGAGUUGGGACCGAAAAAUGGUGGCUAGUGUAAGGGUGCAGAAGCUGUUUCGCCGUUAUAAACUGGUGAUCGCUGCCGCUCUGGCAAUCCUUCUCAUCCAGGGACUCGUGGUGUGGAGUCUUAGGAGCCUCGAAGAAGGGGAGCAGGGCGAGGGGAAGCAGAGGAGAUCCAAGCUGCCUGAUAAUAUUGAGGACCCGAAGGACACCCUUGGCGGGCAGAGUCAGGACGGGUUGGCAAACCGAAAGAGAAGCCGAUGGAAACCUGGCAUUGAGCAUCCAGACGACUCCCUGAGGGGGGUGCUGCUGAGACACAAGCCCACGGUGCGCUACAGAGAGUCGCUGGGGCAGGGUGUGCCAUAUGACCUCUCCAGUAGUCCUAACUUCACUGAGCUGAAGGGGGAGAGCCGCUUUCUGACUGCGCAGCACAGUGACACGGGCAGUGUGGAGGGCGUGCCUCUGGCCUCCAGCAGCGACUUUCUGUCCAAGUGUGAGAUCACGGGCAAGGACGCCCUCUCUGCGCUGGGCCGCGCUCGGUCCUACCAGUGCCGCCAGGAGAUUGCCAAGAUUCUCUGCCUGCACCAGGCCGGCCAGCUGAUGCCCCGGUCAGUACCGCAGUUCUGCCAGCACUCUGGGUUCUCCAGCCCGGUAGUCCAGUGGGAGGAUGUUGAUAUGGAUCUGUCACACGAGGACAGUCCAGUGAGGGUGGCCUUUGUCUUGGUGGUUCACGGCCGUGCCAUCCGGCAGCUUAAACGUCUCAUCAAGGCCAUUUAUCAUCGGGACCACUUCUACUACAUCCAUGUGGACAAGCGCUCCAAUUACCUGCACCGUGAGGUCCUGCAGAUCUCCCAGCAGUACCCCAAUAUCCGAGUGCCACCCUGGCGCAUGGGGACUAUCUGGGGCGGGGCCAGCCUGCUCAAGACUUACCUGCGUAGCAUGAAGGACCUGCUGGACAUGGUGGACUGGAAGUGGGACUUCUUCAUCAAUCUGAGUGCCACAGACUACCCCACAAGGACUAAUGAAGAGCUGGUAGCUUUUCUGUCUAAAUACAGAGAUAAAAACUUCCUCAAGUCUCAUGGCAGAGAGAACGCAAGGUUCAUAAAGAAGCAGGGUUUGGACCGGCUGUUCCACGAGUGUGACUCCCACAUGUGGCGACUGGGAGAGAGGCAGAUCCCCAGGGGCCUGGUGGUGUCUGGAGGCUCGGAUUGGUUCUGUCUGACCCGGAAGUUUGUGGAGUAUGUGAUCAACUCUCAAGACGAGCUGGUGACCAGUCUGAAACAGUUCUAUACCUACACUCUGCUCCCAGCUGAGUCCUUUUACCACACAGUCCUGGGGAACAGCCACAUGUGUGACACCCUGGUGGACAACAACCUGCGAGUCACCAACUGGAACCGCAAGCUGGGCUGCAAGUGCCAGUACAAACACAUCGUGGACUGGUGCGGCUGCUCUCCCAACGACUUCAAACCCGCCGACCUGGUCCGCAUCCAGCAAUUGACAAGACCCACCUUCUUUGCCCGAAAGUUUGAGUCUCUGGUGAGCCAGGAAGCCAUCGACAUCCUAGAUGCCCACCUCUACGGUAACCCUGCACCUGGCACUGCGGCACUGAAGGCGUAUUGGGAAAGCGUGUUUGAGAGGAUGGAUGGGGUGAGCACCCUGAGCGACGUGGCCCUCACCACAUACUCCUCCUUCUUCAGACUGGGGCUGCGGAGCGUGGGGGCCCCGCGAGGGGACAGGGACAAGUGCAGGUAUGAGCCUGUUGGCGCUCCAGUCUCUGUGCACCUGUAUUUCUAUGAUGACCGUUUCCAGGGUUACUUGGUAAUGCAAGAGGUUCAGAAUGUGGGGAUGGAGGAGCGGGAGACCCUGGAGGUGUGGGCGGUGCCUCAGGCCACACUGCAAUUGGAGGGGAGCGUCCGUGAGUUUGACCGGCUCAAACACCUGGAGGUGGGGACGGAGUGGGACCCCAAGGAGCGGAUAUUCCGGAACUUCGGAGGGGUGCUGGGGCCGCUAGACGAGCCGGUCGCAGUGCAGAAGUGGACGCGGGGCCCCAAUCUGACCGCCACUAUUGUGUGGAUCGACCCUGCCUACGUCGUGGCCACCUCCUAUGAAAUCAGUGUGGACUCGGAGGCAGAGUUCACACAGUACAAGCCGCCGCUGCAGCGCCCCCUGCGGCCCGGAACCUGGACAGUACGUGUGCUGCGGCUCUGGGAGCUCGUUGCAGAGUCCCGCUUCCUGGUCACACCCCUUGCCUUCAAAGACAGGCAGGCGCUGCAUAGAGAUGAGGCCCGCUGGCUGCACACAGGCCCCCCUGGGAACAUGUACAUGGAGCAGAGUUUCCAGCAGCUGCAUGCAGUCCUCAAGCUCCCGCCAGGGGAGCAGGCGAUGGAGCAGGCCCAACAUAAUGCCCUGCUGGUGGGCAAGUCUCUGGAGGACUGGGUGGAUGAGAGUCUGGGAGCAUUCUGGGUGUCAGGUGGUGUCUGUACCACCCAACCCUCCGCCUGCUCCUCGCUGGGACUCUGCUCUCAGUCCAGCUGGAGCUCCCUGUCCCCCGACCCCAAAUCUGAGCUGGGAACAGUGAAAAGCAAUGGCCGAAUCAGGUAGCCCAGAGCAGGUGGGCCAUCACAAAUCAGCAUGAAUGUGAACAGUGUAAUACAAUAAAGAAAGGUCAAUUCGGGAGGUCCAGAGCCGUGCUGGAGGGGGCUUUCUGCUUCUGUGUAUCAAACACCAGUUGCUGCAUGGAUUGGGAGCCGAGGGGGUUGUGCAAGUUUACAGACAGGUCGCCAAGCUCCCUCAGUGAUCCAGACUUAUACAUUUGCACAUAGUCUGGGGUUCUACAGACAGUUUGUUUUGCUUAUUUUAUCUGAGAUGUUCUAAUAAUUGUUAAUGCUGAAAGAGGCCUAUUCAAAUGAACACAAAAGCAGAAAUGCUGAAAAAGCUGAAGAUCGUUUGUUUGUUUUUUCUACCACAGGUUUUUUUUGUGGCAAGUCUCUUGACUCCAGCAGAGUGUGUGCAAUAGUGACUUCAGUGGCCGCUGCCUAAUUUGGAAGUUGAAAACCUUCUUUGUAGGUUUUUUAUUGUUUGUUAGUUUUAAGCAGUAAUUCACUUUGAAACCGUUGGCAAAAUGCACUUUACUGUGGGGGCGCGGAGGCUCAAUAACUCUGAGGGUGGGGUGGAGUCCUGAUCAUGAAGUCCGUCCCUUUGUUGGCAUUGAAUUGCUACAAUAACUAUGACGUGCUUUCAUCCAUAAUGCUGACAGAAUCCUGCACCACCGAAGCACUGGGAUGGUACUCCUAUACAGAGGACUGAAGGAGGUGAGAUCCACGGUUUGAGAAGUCAACCCUGGACUUCUUGUGGGAUAUCGGCUGGGGCUCCCAAAGCAUCAGGACCUGCCUUUGUGAAUGUGCAGCGCUCUGUUACCAGUGGGAUUCAGUGGAGUUUGCUGAAGGGAUCACAGUGGUUGACUGAUCCUGUCACUAAACCUCACUGUAGAGAAUUGUGGCAGCCAUGUAUACAGCAGAGGGUGCUGCUGCUUCUCUUGUGAGGAUUACACUGAAAAAUAUAUAUAAUCUCCUCCCAUCACUGAUACUUCCCAUCUGAAUUGAUUUUGGCUCCAAAGAUUAAUAUCACAACAAUAACAAUAUCAAUAACAUCAAACUUUUAACAAACAAUAGGAAUAUUUAAUGCUAAAUAGUAAGCAUCUGAUUGACAGCACUGGCUUGUUGUUGAUGCAGACUGGGAAGCUUGUGGUUUGACUCCAUUUUGCACAUGCUUUCUCACCUCUGGUAAACGUAUAGAUGUUUGGGAUGUUUCAGUGGGUUUGAAUUGUCUUCCAGUGUUCUCUCAAGUCUCUAAAUCUCCAUCCAUGAUUUGGAACCAGUGAGUAAAAACAAACACAACACAAACUCACAGCCAAUGUAUUCUUCAGUGUCUGAAAAUGUGUGUUUUCAAACUUUAGUAUCUGUUUGUAGUCUCCUUAAUCUUUGAAAGUUAAUAUAUUUACCUGGGGGUUCAAAUGAAGCUCUUCAACGCUGACCUCUGCAAGCAGACUGGACUACUGCACAUGACUUCACUACAGAGCUACUGCUAACAUGAAGCUUGAGAUUGAACUGGGUUACACACAGCUGCUUCUGCUGUAGUACUGUGGAUGUGUUUAUAUCAUGUAUAAAUAUGUUUUCAAUAAAUAUAUAUGCAAAUA